AUGGCAGAGCCGAUCUCCGUCCUCUUCGUGUGCCUGGGCAACAUUUGCCGCUCACCGAUGGCGGAGGGUGUAUUUCGCUCCUUAGCUGCCUCAGACCCUCGAGUUGGGAAAAUUGAUAGCAGCGGCACUGGAGCAUAUCAUACCCUUGAGCCCCCGGACUCACGGACGAUGGCAACGCUGCGCAAAAAGGGAAUCACGGACUACGAUCAUGGCGCGCGUCAGGUAGAGGAGACGGACUUCCGAGAGUUCGAUUACAUAUUCGCAAUGGACAGACAUAAUCUGCGAGAUCUGGAGAGGAUGAAGAGACGAGUGGAGAAGAGUGGCUCUUGUAAGGCACAGGUCAUGCUGUAUGGCCAUUUCAGUGGAACCGGCAAGGAAGAAGAGGUCGUCGAUCCGUACUAUGGGGCCAAUAAGGGAUUCGACACGGUUUACGAGCAGGUCAACCGCUUCUCAACGAAUUUCCUCAAGGAAGUCGUGAACAAAGAUCAGCCCAAAGUCAGCUCAUGA